AUGACCGCGACGCUCCUCUACAUAAAAUCAACCUUGGCAUUGCCAAUGCCAGAGCCGAUGCUGCCAAAAAUCACUAUCCGGCAUGACUCGCCAUCACAAUCACCAACUGAGACUGGCUUGGCAGUCGAGGAAUAUUUCAUGCCGAGCCCAGGAACGCAUGGCAAACGACAGCAAUAUUCGCUAUCAGAAUCCAUCAAGAUAGCCCCAACCCCAGGACCCACGAUACGAGUGCUAGAUCGACACACACAACUCCUGCAUCUCCACCAAAGGGAAAAAGAGCGCGCUCUCAGAGCGAGAUUUUACCCUUUCGAUGCGGGCAAUAGCACGAGCGCCAGCAAGCCCCCAAUAACACCAUCCCCUCUUGCAUCAGUUGCGUUAUCGAGUUCGACCGACGGCCUCAACAUCAGUUCUCCAAGCUCACAGAUAUCGUUGCCCAAUCCUUCGAACAGCGUGCAGCCUUUCACAAUCACCGGGUCUGCGACCACGCUGGGGCUGUCGAGCGCAGCAUCCGCCCCAGACAUUGUCACAGACACGUCACCGCCUUUGCUACCAAUAGACUUGACCCUACCAGCUGCGUGGAUACAGACUCUUCCUCCCACAACGGCACUAUCUACACCAGUUCCCCUUGUUCCUGAACCUCAGCCGAAUCUGGCAACACAGUCGUGGGUUUCCGGGACGGCAGCACCAACACCUACGACGAGUCAGAAGGUAGGAAUCUCAGUCCCAAGCGAAGGGGGCAACACAGAUUGCCCGUUCCAACCCGGCGUAUCAACAAGCCCAGAUGCAGAAACGACGCCCGAUCAGACCUUCCCAGUUAUCGUGACAGUUUUGCCUGUCUCGACGAGUUUCUCUGCUGGGGCGUGA